AACGACGCACAAAUGGGACAUGCUCCGGCCCCGUGCGACUACGAAGACCUCAGAAAUGCUCGGAUCCUGGAGAACCAGGCUCGGUUGGCGUCUUUGGGACUGCAAAAGACGAUUCGCGAACUCCGCUCUCUAGCUUCAUCGGCGAAGCCGGUUAGGGAAUAUCGAAAGAAGGUGUACUCCAUCGGUUCAUUGCGUCGCUCUGAACGAUUGAGCGGGAAGCCUGCUUUGAGAAGUGCUUCAGUGCAGGUGCGUCGGUCGGACCGCUUGAUAGGGAGAUUUACUGCCGACACAAAGUCGGAGAAAGUUGAAAUUAGCCACCUGCGUCGUUCCAAUCGGUUGAAACCUAUCGCUGCUGAGUUGGUGUCAAAACAACCCACAGCAUCAGAUUCUCCAAACGGCUCAUCCGGAUUAUCACUCGAAGCUCUUUCUAUGAGGGUUAAUGAGAAAACAGGGAGUGGCCAUGAAGAAGGUGGAGAGUUUUGGUCUACCGGAGGUAAAAGCAUCAGGCCUGCCAAUAAACCACUGCUGAAACUACAGGGCUUAAAGUAUCAUCUUUCAGCUGACGCUUCUUCCAGACGUUGCGAUAGCAAGGGCAGAGGCAGCAUCUAUGAUCCCCUCUUUGGAAUUUCUUGCCAUUUCUGCAGGCAGAAGAAAUUGUGCGGUGAAGAAGAUUGCAAACGGUGCGGUGAUCUUGACAUGGAUGAACCAUGUAUAGGAAAGACAGAUUGCUCAGUUUGUCAUUCUGCCAUCGGUGUUCUGUGCCGUGGCUGUCUCAAGGUUAGAUAUGGCGAGGAGAUGGAGGAAGUAAGAGAAAAUAAAGAUUGGAUGUGCCCUCACUGCGUUGAAGCAACUGGAUCAAAUCCAUACUGGAUAUGCAAUAGUUCAAUAUGCUUGAAGAAGCAAAAUAGGGCGCCGACAGGAAUUGCAGUAUACAGAGCUCGGGCAAUGGGAUACAAGUCCGUGGCACAUCUUCUAAUGGACGAGCUCCAACGAGCCGCAAAGCGCAAGCGAUGAUGGCGUGACGGGCCUCGCAAAGCGAUGGAUUCUGAGGUCAAAUUGCGGAGAAAGACCAGUAACAUGAGAGCCUGGCUAGAACAUUUUGGCGAUCGCCUUGUGUUUUGGAUCACAUUUAAGUUAAGACAGCUGUGCACUCUACAAUGAAAGGAUGGUCCUAGCACUGCUGUAACCAGCUUAAACCGUUUUUGGCUUUUUCACCUUGAUUUUGUUAUUUUACGAACAUUAUCUUCUCGAUCCCUUUCUCAAUGCUAAGGUGAAAUUUGAUGAAA